AUGGACGCCCCCGAGGAAGAACUGGACAUCAAGCUCCAGAAGAUCUCGGGCGACCUGAUCGCCGACUUUGACCGCUCCCUGCGGCCGCUGCUGCGGCGGGCCGACGGCACAGUGCGAAGCCAGGUCCGAUCCCGCGAGGCGCUCCGCCUGACCAUCGUGGUGCUCGACCCAUUCCAGGAGCUGCCGCAGCUGCUGGAUCCGUACCUGGCAGGGUGGUCGCAGGUCCUGGCCGAUGCGUUUCUCGAGUACUACGGCCGCCGCCGCCGGUCCAGCGUCGCGCGCAACAAGGCGGCGGCGGCGGCGGGGCAGGAGGGGCAUCUCAUGUCCCUCCCUGCGGCCGUCUGCAGGAUCAUGUACACGUUGUGCAAGAUUCGUGGGGAAAAGGUCGUCGUGAGGCUGCUGAGCGUCGAGACGAGGUAUUUGGAGCUGCUGCUUUCCGCGCUGGAGGAGUCGGAGAGGGCGGCGCUGGCGGCGGAUGCUUCGGCGGCGGCGACGACUGCUAGAGAUGAUACUGGGUUCGCUUCACCAGCGGACAGUAAAUUUGAGUCUGGCACCUCAAGACUGUGGACAUGGGAGGAACGCUACGUCGUAUUGCUAUGGCUAUCUCACCUCUUCCUUGCACCCUUCGACCUGGCCUCCAUCUCCUCUGUUGACCUACACGACGAUGAGCUACCCGAGAUCCCCGGACUUCAGUGGCCGCCCAACGUUCCCGGAAUCGCACUGCGGGUGCUUCCCUUGGCAAUCAAGUAUCUCGGCUCGCCAGGGAAGGAGAGGGACGCGGCAAAGGCUCUACUGGUCAGGAUAGCGAUGCGCAGAGACAUGCAGGAGAUUGGUAUACUCCAUGCCUUGGUACAAUGGGCACUCUUUGCGCUACGACCCAGCAACAAGGGCUCCGACGGGGCUCCUGGAUCCCCCUACUACUACAUUGGUGUGCUGUCUUUUCUUGCUGGCUUGCUGGCUUCCUCUGCGGAUACGUCCGACAUGGACAGGUACCUCAAGACGGUCUUUUACGCAACGUACAACAUUUCUUCCAACACGGAUGAUAUCUCAAAGCUGAUUGCUUCCUCGGCCCUCGCUCGCAAGAUUAUUGUCAAGAUUGUGCGAUCCAUUGCGAUUCUUGUUCUGCGUAGGACAUCAAGCUCAACUGCCGCAUCGCUCAUGGACGAUAAGGCUGAAACUGUCUUGGUGGAAACGGCCAUUGGACACUCGCUGGACUUGCUUUCUGACAAUGACACUCCCGUAAGGUUCGCAGCUAGCAAAGCGUUGAGCAUCAUCACGCUGCGGUUGGAACCGGAACUGGCGUCGCAGGUGGUCGACGCUGUUUUGGAGGCCCUGGACCGCAAUGUCUUGUGGGUAAAGAGUCCAGGCUCUGGGGAUGGCGACGCUACAAUACCAGCGCGGCGGACACGCGACAUGUCACUGGUUGACCCUCUCGAAUGGCACGGUUUGAUGCUCUCCCUCUCGCACUUGCUGUAUCGCCGAUCGCCUCCUGCCGAGAGCCUAGCCAAGAUCAUCCAGGCAUUACUUACCGGGCUCUCUUUUGAGCGCCGUGGAACAUCCGGUGCAUCGAUGGGCACAAACGUCAGAGACGCAGCUUGUUUUGGCAUAUGGGCACUUGCCCGGAGGUACACAACAGCAGAGCUACUCGCCGUCCCCGUCGACUCGUUCUAUCCUAGUACAUCGCACCGCGAAUCACCAUCCGUCAUCCAGGUCCUCGCCACGGAGCUCACAGUCACCGCAUCUCUCGACCCGUCCGGCAACAUCCGCCGCGGCUCCUCGGCGGCUCUACAGGAGCUGGUGGGUCGGCACCCCGACACAAUCGAGCAGGGAAUCUGGCUCGUCCAGACGGUGGACUACCACGCCGUGGCCUUGCGGUCGCGCGCAACCUCCAAGGUUUCUCUAGGCGCGACGAGGCUCUCUGGUCACUACGGCGAUGCGGUCCUGGAAGCUCUGCUCGGCUGGAGGGGGAUCGGCGACGGCGACGCCGCGGCACGGAGAGUGGCUGGUUCUACGUUUGGGGCGGUCACGAGGGAGCUGGCAAUGACCGGGACAGUGGGCACAAAGCCGCUCGACAGAGUUCAGCAUUCCAUAGACAAGCUUUUGAACCGGAUCGAUGCGCUCCAAACCCGAGAAGUCGAGGAGCGGCACGGCCUGCUGCUCAGCCUCGCAGCGGUGCUUGACACCAUCCCGGAGUUGCUUGGAGAUAAACUCGGGGAGCUCACAACUCUAGCUGGUCGCACCUUGCAAAGGCUCGCGACGCUGUUGGAUGUCUGUGUCAAGACAAAUUUUCGCCGCCCGGAGCUCGUUGCCGAAGCAGCCAGUUUGUUGAUCGUAUCUUCAUUCCCACUACUACAGGUAGUUGCUGCAGAUCCAACAGUAGCUCGUAGAGAUACACCACUAAGGUUGCAGCCUGGUGCUUACGUUGCCACCCCCGCAUUUUCGACAGACGAGUUGAUAUCAGUCAGAGAGGCGAUCCAUGAAGUCGGAACCGAAAACACCCAAGGCACAUGUCUGCAUGAAUACCUGCUGGUUGUUCAAGCAGCUGUAAACGAAUGGCUGGGGCGUGCAGAGCAAGAAGUCAUCGACGCUGCAUCUGUCGCAUCACUGAUAUUAUUGAUCUUCCUUGGGGAUGGUGAAAAGGGCGAGUUGAGAAGCGCCAAGAGCCUCCUUGCCAAAUGGGCGCAGCUGGCACGCCAGAAGCCAACCUCAUCUCGGGCUGGCAUUGGGGCGGGGUACUUUUUUGCCUUGACCAUGGCCCACCGCGUCAUUCCUCGCCCGGGUCCUCAACCUACAGAGGCAUGGCAUACCGAUGCCACAUCUAGCCUCAUCACCGGGCCUUUGGUGGAUCGUUGGAGGGCGGACGCAAGCACCGAGGUGCGCGUUGCCAUCCUCCAGAGCCUGACGGGGUCGGGGAGCAGUUUGUUGCGCGAGAACAUGUCAGUGCUGCUGGUGUUGGUAACAGAGGGUCUAGAUGACUACACCGUCACCGCACGAGGAGACGUUGGCUCCCAUGUACGGCUGCAGGCCAUAAAGGUCACCAAGGGGCUCUGGAAAGCCAUUGAAGGAUCAAGUCCGGGAGACGAGAAGCUCGAGGUUGCGUUCUUGACCCUGUUUCCCAAGAUUUUACGGCUGUCGGCGGAGAAGCUAGACAAGGUACGAGCCGAAGCGCAGACUGCUUUGGCAUUGGCUUUGAACGAGAGCUGGGCCCUCAAACUCCGAAGAUCAACCUACUCCUCCCGCCCAUACCACAGCUUCCUCCUCAGCCUCCCCACAACCACCUCGGAGCGCCUGCACCCGUCCGUCUCGGCCACCCCGGCCCUCGUCGACACGGACGCGUCCCGGUGGAUGGAGGAGCUGAUGACGGGGUACGUGACAUCCGCCGACGCGGGCCACGAGGACCUUGUCAUCGCCAGCCGCGGCGCCCUCGCGGCGUACUGCGCGCGUUCCCAGGAGAACCUCGACCGGGCGUGCGGGGCCCUGGCGCGCAACCUGGCAAAGCUGUCCAAGCAGCAGCCGCAGUCGGACCGGGUCGUGGUCCCGACGCUCAACGUUACGGCGUUCCUGUUCCACGUCGGCGUCUUUUCGCGCUGCACAGACGUCGACUACAAGGCCCUCUGCCUCGCCGUCCAGCGCUGCGGGUAUAAGACGGGCAACGUGCGCAAGCUCGAGGCCUGCGUCAAGGUCUACGGCGCCGUGGCGGGUAUGGGAGGGCGAGAUCAGCAGCAGCAGCAGCAAGGUCAACAGCGCGUGGAAGGUGUGCGCGAGGCGAGAAAGAGGCUCGGGGCCCUCCUGCUACACCCCUGGCCGAGGGUCAGGAGCUUCGUCGUGGACGAACUGUGGGUUCUGCUUUCGGACGAACGGGACGGUGCGUCGGCUGCGCGGGAGGGUCGCGGCAGCGGCAUGUCGUCGAAGCUCAAGGGUGUGGACUGGGGCAGUGCGGGAAAAGAUGCGGUCAAGGAGCUUGUGGAGCAGCUGGGGCUCAGCUAG